UGAAGUGAGGCAGGAAAUAGAUUAUUUUUUUUCUUUUUAGAAACUAGUUUGUAUUUUUAUUUGGACGUUUUUGUAUAUCCCAGCGUUGUAAGAGACAGUUUAGACUGAAGGAGAAAACUUCUACCGUCGGCUUCGUUUAAUUUUAGGCUAACGCUUUUUUUAUUAACUUGUACAGUAAUUGUUCGGAGUUGGGCGCUAAGCUCAUUUUCUGGAUGUUUCUAACAUGUUGACACAUAGUCGGUAAACUUAUUUUUUUGUGUGUUUUAUAUUUUUUCUGUGUUGCAGCUUCAGCUGAGUUUGCAAACUGCAUUUUUUGCUUGCAGGGGUGAUUUUUUUUUUUACCUCCUUCUGCAUUUCUCUUACUUUCUUAUGCCGACCUUUUGGGGCAGGUGUGCUGAAAGUAGGCCAGGUGUGCUGUGGUACAGAUAGGGUUCACUGUAGUGUGCUACCGGUCCAACAGCAGACUUCAGGGAUUUGUUAGAGAGGUGUCACCAUGCUGCUCUCUCUGGUUGUGCACACAUACUCUCUGCGGUACUGGUUUCCUGCCACCUUCAUGCUGGGUACAGCCCCAGCAUAUGUGCUCUCAUGGGGGGUCUGGCAUUUACUUUCCACUGUCCUACCAGCAAGUCUUUACCAUAAAAUAGACGACCGACUGUACUGCAUCUACCAGAGCAUGGUCCUGUUCUUCUUUGAAAACUACACAGGGGUCGAGAUUGUUAUAUAUGGCGAUAUACCAAAGAAUAAAGAGAACGUUGUCUACCUUUCAAAUCACCAAUGUACAGCUGACUGGAUAAUUGCUGACAUGCUGGCCAUCAGACAAAGCGCCAUUGGUCACGUCCGAUACGUCCUAAAAGACGGGCUAAAGUGGCUCCCACUGUAUGGAUGGUAUUUCUCCCAGCAUGGAGGAGUCUUUGUGAAAAGAAGUGCAAAGUUUAAUGAAAGAGCCAUGAAGAAGAAGCUCCUAUCUCAGACUCGAUGUGGAGCACCAAUGUACCUCGUAAUUUUUCCCGAAGGAACCCGGUACAACCCAGAGCUGAAGAAUGUUAUCACUGACAGUCAGAAGUUUGCUGAGAGAGAAGGUCUGGCUGUCCUGAAGCACACUCUCACACCCAGAGUGAAGGCAUCCCACUUAGCUGUUGACAUCAUGAGUGACAGUCUGGAUGCUGUGUACGACAUCACUGUGGCUUAUGAGGGAACGCUGGAUAAAAACGGUCACAGAAGGCCUGCACCAUCCAUGGCAGAAUUCCUUUGCAAGGAGUGUCCCCGCAUCCACAUACAUUUCGACCGUGUGGACAUCAAGGGAAUCCCCUUAGAGCCUGGGCUUUUCCGCAGGUGGAUGCACAACCGCUUUGAAAUUAAGGAUCGGUUGCUGACAGAUUUCUACGAGUCAGAGGAUCCAAACAAAAAGUGCAGAUUCCCAGGCGAGGGCAGAAUCUCUCCGCUGAAACUCUCAAAGUCCCUCCCCUCGGCGAUGAUUUUAGGAGGGCUGACGCUGCCAAUGCUGCUGACGGAGAAUGGCAGGAAGCUUUAUGUGAGAACCUGGGUUUAUGGGACACUUCUGGGCUGGCUCUGGGUGAACAUUUCUCCCUAACGGUUCCAGGGUCUGACUGCCAUGGAGAGACACGAGGAAGGUUCGCAAAUCCCCUUUCCUGUGCUGCAGAAACAGAGUCUGUUUCAGAGGCAGAGCAGUACCUGAUACGAUACAAGAGUAUUGAUUGUCCAGCUGUUGAGCGGAGACACUGAGAAAUACUUGAAGCUUUGUGUAAAAAUUAUUAAUAUAGCAGAUUCAGUGAAACAUGACACAAAAAAUAUCCUGAUACAACUAGAUUUUGCCAAAUUAGCAUUCUUGCAUGCAGUUUAUUCAUUUGGACAUUAGCAAUUUCUAAAGCUCCUGUAUUUUUUUUUAAAAAACAAAGUGAACUGGCUACCUUAAAAA